CUGGUAAAGCGGAGGGGUUUGACUUGCCGUCGACAAGCGCCCAAGCCAGACGCUACACAUAUGCAGAAAAGAGGAGUGCAGGGCACAUACUCCGUCGGCAACACGCCAGCAGUGAAGCCAGCCCAUCAGCCGACUGGCUGAAGAAGGUGGAAUGGGCUUCGGCCGUGCUCCCGGAGUUCACCUUGGAACAGAAAAAGGUGGCUCCCCAAGCCAAGAGGCAGCGCUCGCAGGAGACACCGGGACCGGUAGCAAAGCGCUCCAGAGUGCUGCCAAAUGUCUCCUUUGCGCAGAUUGCCAAGGAGAGGACGCUAAUUGGUGUCCUCGACAGAGGCAGCGCAGAGGGUAGAAUCCCAAGGAGUCAGUGGAAGUGGGUGGAAGCCUCACUGGCCGACCGCUGCUUCGAACUCCUCGACAAAGACCCUGGACCUCCGCCAGUCUGCAAGGACAUGGGGUGGUUCCAGGGUAAUGUUAAGAUAAUUGCCUGCGAAGACGAGCGCUCUGUAAAGCUUUAUAAAGCGGCGGUAGCGCAGGUCGGCGAGGUCUAUGCUGGGGCGAAACUCGUCGCAGUCGACUGGAGCGAGGUGCCCAGCAGACCGAGGGCCAGAAUUUGGGUGCCGGCUACCUUUAAGGAGCCAGAACGCAUCCUCAAGAUGCUGCAGAGAUGCAACCCAGGACUACCAACCUCAGAUUGGAAGGUAGCCAAGGUUGAGACGACACAAGGGCCGACUAACCAGGCAGUGCUCGUUCUCAAUAAAGAGUCGCUGGCCCCGAUAGAGGCAGCAAAAGGAGAGCUAAACUUCGGCUUCAGCUCGGUCACCAUCAAGGUGUACAAAUCGGACGCGGCGGCCGCGGCGCUUCCUGUCGUCAACCCAGACGUGCAGGAUGUCACUGCGGAGAUCGAAGCGCGGUGGUGGAGAAUCUUGAAGAUGGUCCUAAGGAUCCUUCAAAUAAAUCUCCACCACUGUAAAGCAGCAUCGGCUGCUCUCAUACUCCGCCUAGACGCAAGCGGAGCCGACGUAGUCCUGAUCCAGGAGCCUUGGGUGGUAGGAGGCAAGGUCUGUGGAUUGUUGAAUACAAGAUCAUUGUAUCCCAAAAUGAAGCGAUGGCGAUAACACGGCGGUAAGCCUAGAACUAAAAGGGAAUCAUCUCAGGCUGGUGGCGUCCUAUAUGGACCACGAGGAGGAUGAUCCUCCGAACGACCUUGUUCGCAAAAUAGCCAGCGACAGCGAAAGGACGGACAAAGACCUACUUAUAGGUUGCGAUGCCAACGCCCACCACACCCAAUGGGGGAGCACGGACACGAAUGUAAGGGGUGAGUCACUGUUCAGCUUCAUCCUGAACUCAAAUUUAUUCAUAUGCAAUCGGGGUAACGACCCCACAUUUAUAAUUAAAAAUCGGCAGGAGGUCAUUGACCUCACGCUAGUGUCAAGCAAACUGCUGGACACAAUCAAGAGCUGGAGAGUCCUAGGAGACCACUCCUUCUCGGACCACAGGUAUAUCGAGACGAUAUUAUCCUUCGAUAUUCCCAAACCAACCGACUAUAUCAACCCCAGAAAAGCCAACUGGGAAAAAUAUAACACAACCCUGGAGGAGCUACUCCCUCCUAACGCCCCUAAUUGCCCGAACACUGAAGACAACCUAAACCGUCUUGUGAACAGGUUUACGGAUGCGUGCAACAAAGCCUUCAA